AUGGCGUUCAAUGUCGAGAUAACAGCAACCCACAUCAUUAAACCUUCAUCCUCCACUCACGACCACCUGAAAACCCACGAUUUAUCACUUUUCGACCAGUUAUCGCCUUCCGUUUAUCCUCCGAUAAUCUUCUUCUACGAUCCAAAGCCAAACUCGAACUUAGCCCCUCGACUCAAAACCUCUUUAUCUAGAGUUUUGUCGUCGUUUUAUCCAUAUGCUGGACGUGUAAAUGGAGAUGUUUUUGUGGAUUGCAAUGACGCCGGAAUACCGUAUUCCGAAGCCACUGUUGAUUGUUCCCUAUCUUAUGUACUUCAACAGUACGAUUUGAACUUGAUGAAACAGUUUGUUCCUUUAAAUGAGGAAUCCGAGAAUCCUGAUCAUACCAUUCCGUUGCUAGUCCAGGUGAGCUACUUCAAAUGUGGUGGAAUUGCCAUUGGUGCAUGUUCUUCGCAUAAGAUCGGCGAUGCAUCUAAUUUCUUUUCUUUUAUUCGUGAAUGGGCAAACUUUUCAUUGAGCGAUAACCCAGUUUUGGUUCCCGAGUUCAGUAUCUCAUCUCUAUUCCCACGGAUAGGUUUCUUGAACUUUAACACCGGAAUCAAGAUUCCAAUAAACGAAAAGCUCGUUAGAAAGAGGUUUGUGUUCAGUGCUUCAAGCAUAUCAUCACUCAAGGCCCAAACAUCAUCUUCUUCACGUGUUCAAGCUGUCACAGCCCUCACCUGGAAAUGUGCUAUGAACGCAGUUAAGAAACCUGAGAUUACAUCAUCAAUGGCAAUGACGCUUGUGAACAUGCGAGGACGCCUCGACCCACCAUUGCCAGAGACCUCUUUUGGCAACUUUGUUGGGUCGUUUUUGGCGGAGAAAGGCUUUGAUGACGGCGGUGAGAUUGAGUUACGGGGCUUGGCGGGUCAACUGAGACAUGGGUUUAAAGAAUUCUGUGAUGUUUACAUGAAACAAGUUCAAGAUUCCAAAGAUGGGAUAUUUGCAAUCUUGAAUUACUCUAAAAAGAUUGGGGAAAUGUUGGGAAGAGAUGGAACUGAAGUGUUUACGUUUAGUAGUUGGUGUGGAUUCCCACUGUAUGAGAUUGAUUUUGGGUGGGGAAAGCCAAGGUGGAUUAGCGUAACAAAUACACCAUUCAAGAAUGGAAUCAUGAUGAUGGAUACUAAAGAAGGGAAUGGAAUUGAAGUAUGGGCCAAUUUGGAAGAAGAAGUGAUGGCCAUCUUUGAACAAGACGAUGAGUUGUUGGCUUAUUGUUCUCCAAGCAUGUGUGACGAUAGAAUGUAA